AUGAUAACGGUCAAGGCCGCUCGCGUCGCCGGCGUCGUCGCGAGGCAUCGCCGCGGCGUGAUGCUUCGGCGCGCGGCCGUCCAAAUGAGCGGCAAGGCUGAUGCGAGCGAGUACACCGCCUGGGCCAAGAACGCGGACAGCCUGCCAUCGUGGGACGGUGACGUGGAGACCAUGCAUGAGUGGUAUCGAAUCGACUACGACGACCGAGGCUUCACCAUGGACGUGCGGCCCAACUAUAAUAAGGAGAAUCCCUGGACGGCGGACGUCGCGUGGGAAGAUGUGACGCGCAUCUGCUUCCACGUCGGCGGACCACCUCUCGUCCCACACGACGUCUACGUUUUCGUCAAAGGCCGCCACGCCCCCUCCUGGGUGAUACCGAGCGAGGCGCUCAUGAACGGCCAACCGCCAGACAAAAGGAUCAUGGAGAGCCAGCAUCGUGGGGUGGUGACGCCCCCUGAGCAAUUCAUGAUAAAACUGGUAGAGAAGAGGCUCUUCACCGUCGAACUGUUUAGGGAAGCCAUCCUUCAGAAAGGACUAGGGGGUGUGGUCUGCUAUCCCAAUUUCGGAGAGCCCGGUCAUGAUGGGUCGAGUCCGCCUCCUGUUCUUCGCCGGCUUGCCGUCCGCCUCGCAAUCCACGUGCGGCGUGCAAUUUUCUUCCUUGCGCCCCUUCGAAGUGUAACCUUAUUGUAAAAUUACUCCGGCCUACCGCUGGGCGACGCGUGCUGCCCGGUCAGUGCUCCUAUCGCGGAUUCCUUGGCUGUGGGCUAGCGCAUUAAGACACUAGCAAGCAGCCAGAGAGCCAGCUUCCAAGCCCAAAAAAUCCACCAUGAUCGGCCUACGGCGGUACGUUACGCGUCGCCACGCCUCCCCCGCCGUCGCCCGCCGGCCGCAUGCCAUAAAUGCUGCGUCGCCGAGCCGCUGCAGACGAUCUGGCUGUGGCAGCCACUGAGAGCAGCGCUCGCGCACGCCGUCGUCGUCGUCGAGAGAAGCGCGCGCGCCAACGCAUGAAACGCACAGGACCACGCGCGCCCUCCAAGCGCAUGCGCGCACGAAAGCGACGCUGCCCGCGUUGGGCUACGAGUACUCGGCGCUCGAGCCCGUCAUCAGCGGCACGAUCAUGGAGCUCCACCACUCGAAGCACCACAACACGUAUGUCACAAACUUCAACGCCGCCACGGAGAAGCUCGCCACAGCCGUCGCCGACGACGACGUCACGGGCAUCGUCGCCGCGCAAGCCGCGAUCAAAUUCAAUGGAGGCGGCCACUUAAAUCAUAGCAUCUUCUGGCAGAACCUUGCUCCUCCCAGUGAAGGAGGCGGCGCGCCGCCGACCGGUGCCCUAUCUGCAGCUAUUGAUGCCGACUUCGGCAGCUUCGACGCGAUGAAAACGAAACUGUCUCAGAUGACCGUCGCCGUGCAAGGGAGUGGCUGGGGCUGGCUCGGCUACAACAAGGCGACCGACGCCUUGCAGCUGGCCACUUGUGCCAACCAGGACCCCCUCGAAGCCACCACAGGCCUCAUCCCCCUCUUUGGCAUCGACGUCUGGGAGCACGCCUACUACCUCGACUACAAGAACGUGCGGCCCGACUACGUGAGCGCCAUCUGGGACAUCGCCAAUUGGAGCGAUGUUUCUGAGCGGUACGCGGCGGCGAAGCAGUAG